AUGGAUUCCAUUACUGCACUACCGGCGGCACAGGAGCGGGGUGGUAUUCCUGAGGUCCCUUCGGGGCUUAAGACACGCACGACAAGUCCUCCCUUUGGAUCCUCUACAUUUUUUAACGCAGAGGACUCGCGGCCAAGAAAUAAGGCAUAUCAAAAUGCUGGGGAGGCAGCGCAAACCAUCAAAGAAGAGUGUGAGAGACUCUUCUGCGACACGUUAUCCGCGAUGUUCCUUGGUGAGAGGAACCGCAGACACCGGACGUCGCUAGCGAUGGGGAGCUCGCCUCUCUCGGUGUUUCCGACGUUUCUGCUACCUUCGUCCAGACAGUUCCCUCCCCAUAGACAACAAGAAAUAAAAGCGCAGCCAAAAGCGGGGAAGAAGAGCGACAGAGCUCACGAAUCUCACGUCUCGUAUAUUCGGUGCUCGCGCUGCGGAGCAGAUAUUUGUCUCACGUCUCAGAUAAUUAGUAAGGGAUUCACAGGUCGCCAUGGACGCGCCUAUCUCGUCUCGGGGCAUGGAGCCGGUACAUCUGCUUCUGCGGCGGCGGCACCAUCUGCGACCUCGUUGUCGAAUACAAUCACACAAAAGGCAGUUCCGCGUCAACUUGUGACUGGUGCACAUACCGUCUGUGAUCUCAGCUGUGUAAUCUGUGGUAGCGUUCUAGGCUGGAAGUACCUUGCUGCGGAAGAGGAGUCUCAGCGAUACAAGGUCGGCAAUUUUAUAUUAGAAACGAAACGGAUAAGCAUUUCCUCAUGCUGGGACAUGGAUGGCACUGCUACAACUACUUCUACUCCACCAUCGCCUAGUACAUGCCCUCCUCAAGCCGAAAAUGCGGACGUGGAGUUUGACAGUCAAGACGAAGAUGAAUGUGAGGACCUUUUCGCGGGUGUCUGGACUCCCACUCUUGCAACACGCCGACGAAAU